CGCUCGCCUGGAUUUCUGAUUUCUUUUAGGAUUGUUUAACAGUUUACCUUAUGAUUAGAUUAGGAUCACACUGAUAAUUUUUGCAAAUUUUCCCAGCAAAUUACAUCAGUUCUGUGUGGACAGUGGAGAAGUUAUAGAGGGAACUAGAUUGAAUUCCUGGGUGAUCAUGUGGCAGCAGCAGUUCGGCUUUCAACGUGACACCGAGCAGCAGCUCAAUGAGAAUCCGUAUGCUCGCGGUGAGCGCGGUCGUUUUCGUGGAGGACGGCGGGGGUAUCGUGGACGGCGCCGCAAUGGGCGACGUGGACGUGGUCCGACGGGCGUUCGUUCCACGGGAAUACGGACCCGUCGACCAGGUAUCCACGCUGGAAAAGGCCGGAGAAGUGGAUCUGCGCUGGGCACUGCAGCGGUUCUGUACGGAACAAAGUCAGCGGAAACUGCAGAUGGCAUUGGACGCUCAGGAACGCACUGAUCGCGAUGACUUGCAGGAAACCGCUAUCAAUAUGCGGGCUAUCCGCGAAACGAGCGGUCGGGAGUUGCUGCAAAUGGAGACAGCUGAGCGCUACUUUCAGGGCUUGGCCCAGCUGACCACUCAGGAGAUCUGCCGUGCAUACCCUGAAUACGAUUGGCGCUUUGUGGCACAGUCAAAGGACAUCCUCGAUGCACUGAUCGCGCAGGUGGACCAGAUCGGAUGCGAUGCCAAGGAGAUACUGCAGUUUGCCGAUGAUGCCUUGGAAAGCCGCAAACUGAAAGAAGUCAAAGUGGAGCAGACAGAUUUGCCAGGGAAAGCCCGAGCGGUUUACCGUUGCGCGAAUUAUCCGCUACACUGGAAUGGUGAUGAUACCGGUGGCAGUGCUGCUCGGCGUAUACUUUUUGCGGAAAUAGAAGUUAACUAUGUUAGACAUUUUGUUUUAAAUUGCGGAUAACUGGUUUUUACGUUAUCAGUGACUUAGACUCGGUGGAAAUACUGUAGUAAAUUACCAGGCACAACACCACAAACAAUGUUGGAAAUACUGUGUUGGUAUUCUGUAUUUUGUUAAUACUUGACUUACAGAUAUGUUUUUCACCUCUUUUAUAUUUUGAGCUUUGAUUUUUACUUGUGCUGUUGUUGAUAUGUAAUGUUUACCGGAUUUGAAAACGAGUCUCGUAAAAUAAUAUCGUCAUAAAA